AACUUACUUAUAACGACUUUUUUGUAUUAUUGUCACUUUAUAUAUAUAUAUAUAUUUUAAAGUUCAGUUGAUGUUCGAAGUAUGAAAUUUUGUAACGGUAAUUAUUGUUAUGGUUUUGUGAAUUUGUGAGUACUUUGGUUAUCUGUGAAAGUGACUAAAAGGAUUUUGACAAUGUGGUGGUUAUUAAAGUUAACCAUAAUACUGCAAUACGUCCAAUCCGUUCGUAUAAUCAACAUGCGGGUACCAGAAGUCCUCCAGUACGGCACCAGAGACACAAUCACGCUUGACUGCGAUUACGUCACCGCCAACGUCACGGGGUUGGUCGUCAAGUGGUUCUUCAAUGAGCGGUCGCAUCCCGUGUAUCAAUGGAUCCCCCCGCAGAGGCCGCAAGCGUUGGGGGUGCUGAAAAAUAAGGUGGACCUCUCUUUCAAGAUCUCUAACAACCCGUACACCCAACACAGGGCGCUACGAAUUAUUGAACCCAGUACCGAAUUAACUGGGAACUACACCUGCGUUGUCUCCACAUUCCUGGCUGAAGAUGAGAGGACGAAGCCUAUGACUAUAUUCGUACCAGAAAAAAGAUUCGACAUGAUCAUGGACAGACUGAAUGACGGCUACUUGAAUAUUAUAUGUUCUGUGGAAGGAGUCUUCCCGAAACCAGAGCUGGUCAUCUUGGCGGGAAACAGGCCAUUAAACGCGAAAUCCUCUCUGAACCUAAUCGAGGGUCGCUACACGGCUCUGACCAGCGCCGUGGUGAAGAUCCAGCACUUACCACCCACUGUGGAAAUAUUGUGCGACAUGCAGGUGCCGCUCGCUAACUAUUAUAGCAGGAAACGGGAUAUAUUUUAUAGAGAUCCUCAUUUAACAACGUAUGAUCCUCCCGGCUCUGCAAACUCAAGAACAGCCAGAGAUCAUGGUUUCAUGAAGCAGUGUACUCCGGCGUUAAUCAUUGUCAUGAUUUUAUUUCACUUUACAUUAAUUAAUAUCACGUGACAUAAGUAAUUAUAAUGUAAAUAAUUAGUUUAUAUUUGUAUAUAAUUUUGUAAAUAACAAUUUAUAUAAGGAAAUCAAUUAUUGAGAUACAUGUUGUUUAGUUUAUAGAUAUUUUCUUUGUGCUAAAUUAUUAUAAGGCGGGAAUAUUUUAUGUUUAAUGAAAAAGGUUGUACUAUUUUUAUUUCUAUGGCUUAAAUG